UUUCACAUGGCAUUUAAAGAACAUCCUCGGGACGGAGGACGAACAUGGCGAUUGUUUGGACAAUUGCGAGGAGCAGUGUAUCUGUUCAUUUUUCAAUUUAUUUUUUUCCAUCAAAUGGAGGCACAGAUCCGGUAUUCAAUCCCAGAGGAGAUGAAGAAAGGGUCCCUUGUUGGUAAUAUUGCACAAGACCUAGGUUUGGAUCUGAAAAGGCUGCGUACUGGCGGGGCCCGCAUCGUUACCGGAGAAAACAUCCAGUACGCCGAGCUGAAGACGGACAAAGGGAUUCUAGUCGUGAAUGAGAGAAUCGACCGGGAGCAGCUUUGUGGUGACGUAACGCCGUGUAGCUUUACCUUUGAGAUUUUGUUGGAAAAACCAAUGGAGUUGCACCCUGUGACCAUAGAAGUGUUGGACACAAACGACAAUGCUCCCACUUUCCAAAACAGUAAUCUGAAAUUUGAAAUUAGCGAAUCCGCUGUGCUUGGUUCUCGUUUCAUUUUGGAGAUUGCGGACGACGCUGAUGUUGGGGAAAACGGUCUGCAGAACUACAUUUUAACUGUGAACGACAAUUUUGUUUUAAAACAAAACAUCAAUCCGGACGGGAGUAAAUAUGCUGAAAUGGUGCUCCAGAAACCCUUAGACAGAGAAGAACAGCCACGCCUGUCUCUAAAACUGUCGGCUGUGGACGGCGGAAAUCCACAGAGAUCGGGUACAGUAAAUAUAGAUGUCCUCAUUAUAGAUGCUAAUGAUAAUGCUCCUGUGUUCAACCAGUCACUGUAUAAGGGAAUGGUGGUUGAAAAUGCACCAAAAGGCACUCGUAUUGUUACUGUGAACGCAAGCGACAUAGAUAGCGGUUCAAACGGAAAGAUAGUGUAUUCAUUUUCAAAAUCUAAAGCAGGGAUUACUGACUUGUUCGAUAUAGAUGAAGCUACUGGAAUAAUAUAUGUGGCUAAGGAAAUAGAUUUUGAAAAAGACAACAAAAUUGAGUUUAGGGUUGAAGCCAAAGAUCAAGGUGGACUCACAGAUUCUAGCAAAGUUGAUAUUGAGGUAAUCGAUGUAAAUGAUAAUGCGCCGGUCAUUACCGUGAUGUCAUUCACCAGUCCUGUGUCCGAAGACUCCCCUGCUGGUACAACGAUUGGCAUAAUUAAUGUUAAAGAUCUUGAUUCUGGUACAAAUGGACAAGUAAGAUGCACGAUUGAGGGCAAUGUUCCUUUUAAAAUUAAAUCAAAUGUUAGAAAUUAUUAUGUAUUGAUGACUGAUGCUCAAUUAGAUCGUGAAAAUCUGUCGGAAUGUAACAUCACUGUUAUUGCCUCAGACGCAGGAUCGCCUCCCCUCUUAACGAAAAGAACAUUUUAUCUUAAGGUCUCGGAUGUCAAUGAUAAUGCCCCAGUAUUCCCACGAGGCCCCUACAGUGCGUCCAUCACAGAGAAUAACUCUCCAGGUGUAUCUAUUCUAAGGGUUAAUGCUAAAGAUCUGGAUGAAAACCAGAACGCCCGUGUUUCCUAUAUUUUAGAAGCGUGUGAAAUAGGCGGAACUCAAGUUUCUGAGUAUAUUUCUAUUAAUGCAGAAAGCGGAGUAAUACACGCAGUGCGUUCAUUUGAUUAUGAACAGAUCAAGCAGCUUGUAUUCACUGUCAAAGCGCAGGACGGAGGCUCCCCUCCACUCAGUAGCAACGUGACUGUGAAAGUACUGAUCCAGGACAGGAACGACAACCCUCCUCAGGUGCUGUACCCAGUCCAGACUGGUGGCUCUCUGGUGGCUGAACUGGUGCCUCGCUCAGCAGAUGUGGGCUAUCUGGUCACUAAAGUGGUGGCUGUGGAUGUGGACUCUGGACAGAAUGCCUGGCUCUCCUAUAAACUGCAGAAAGCCACAGACAGGGCGCUGUUUGAAGUGGGCUUACAGAAUGGAGAAAUAAGAACUAUCCGCCAAGUCACUGAUAAAGAUGCUGUGAAACAAAGACUGACUGUUAUCGUGGAGGACAACGGGCAGCCCUCUCGUUCAGCUACAGUCAUUGUUAGCGUGGCGGUGGCGGACAGCUUCCCUGAAGUGCUGUCUGAGUUCACUGACUUUACACAAGACAAGGAGUACAACGACAACCUGACUUUCUACUUAGUGCUGGCUUUGGCUGUAGUUUCCUUCCUCUUCAUCACAUGUUUAGUGGUGAUUAUAUCAGUGAUGAUCUACAGGUGGAGACAGUCUCGCGUCAUGUAUCACUCCAACCUCCCUGUGAUUCCGUAUUAUCCACCACGUUACUCAGACACUCUGGGGACAGGGACUCUCCAACACGUGUACAAUUACGAGGUGUGCAGGACGACUGACUCCAGAAAGAGUGACUGUAAGAUGGGAGGAGCCGGUAGUCAGAACGUGCUGAUAAUGGACCCCAGUUCUACAGGGACGAUGCAGCGGAUACAGAGUGAGAAGAACAUCCUGGAUGAACCAGACUCUCCUCUAGAGGUGAGUUAA